AUGGAUGAAGAAAUUCAUGCAUUACAGAAUAAUCGCACCUGGAUUUGGUACCUCGCCCUGCCAACACCAACAUUGUGGGCUCCAAAUGGGUAUUCCGAACCAAUUACUUACCUGAUGGAUCUGUUGAGCGCCUUAAAGCCCGCCUUGUUGCCAAAGGCUACUACUGUUCGGGUUGUACUCUCUCUCGCUGUUACACAAAAAUGGCCCCUUCAUCAACUUGAUGUCAAAAAUGCAUUCCUCAAUGGCACUCUUACUGAUCAAGUUUAUAUGGAACAGCCUCCAGGAUAUAUUGAUCCGCUUUCGAGACCAUGUUUCCGUGCGGACACAUCUCUAUUUGUCUUUCAUCAGAAGUCCGAUAUUAUCUAUUUACUUCUUUAUGUUGAUGAUAUCAUUAUUACAGCCACUCCAACUUCUGAUGGUCUUUUCAUCAGUCAGUUCAAAUAUGCACGGGACAUUUUUAUUCGAGCUCAAUUACUUGACAGUAAACUUGUUCACACGACCAUGGUUGUUUCUCAACAUCUUUCUGCUGAUGGUUCUUUGUUUUCAGACCCUACUCUCUAUAGAUCCCUCGUCGGUGCACUACAGUACUUGACUAUCACAAGGCCCGACAUUGCUCAUGCUAUCAACUCUGUUAGUCAAUUCUUACACGCUCCCACUGAUGAUCACUUUCUGGUUGUUAAACGCAUCUUUCACUAUGUUAAAGGCACCAUUCACUAUGGCCUACAUUUUCGCCCUUCCACUUCUCCUGGUGCUCUUGUAGCCUAUUCUGAUGCUGAUUGGGCCGACUGCCCAAAUACUCUUCGUUCGACCUCUAAUUAUUCUAUCUAUCUUGGCGACAAUUUAGUUUCCUGGAGUGCCAAGAAACAGCCGACUGUCUCUUGUUCCAGCUGUGAAUCUGAGUAUCGUGCCCUUGUCUCCACUACCGCUGAACUAAUCUGGCUCACACAUCUCCUGCAUAACCUCAAGGUAUCCAUGCCUUAG